CGAGAGCGCGCCGCGUCCUGUGGCGCCGGGAUCCGUCCUCGAGUUGAAGCCGAGCGAUGGCGGCGGGCGCCAACUGACGCGUCGCCGUCUCCCGCCUUCUCUCCCCGUAUCCGGCGCCCGGAUCCCGGCCCGAGCUGCGGUGAUCAUGUAAAGAUUAUUUAUUGAUCAGAAAGAUGCAUGGAGAUCCUGCAGAUGUCAGAUGAUUUUCCACGUGCAAGUCUGGUUCUUUGAAGACAAAUGGUACCCUAGGAGAUCAUUGUAAUCUGCAUUCUGGAGAUCAGAGAGAGCCUUUGGAAUCGUAUCACAUGUGUAAAUCACUGCGUUAUUGUGUGAGCCACUGUCUUUAUGCAGUAAUGAUUAAAGUGCAGGAACUUAAGAGAGAAACAAAUAUGCAUUCCUCAAUUCGAUAUCUUGGCUACCUGGCAAAUAUGAACUUGCUGGUGGCCAUUUGUCUGGGCCUCUAUGUUCGAUGGGAGAAAACAGAAAAUAUAUUAUUACUGGUUAUUUUCAUCCUUGGACUUUUUGUGCUUGGCAUUGCUAGCAUAUUAUACUAUUACUUCUCCAUGAAAACAGCAAGUUUGAGCCUGUCACAUCUCUGGUUUGGAUUUUUGCUUGGCCUUCUCUCUUUUAUCGAUGAUUCUAAAUUGAACACUGAUGUGAAAGAAGAAGCCACCAAAUACUUAUUAUUGGCCAGCAUUUUGAUCAGAACGUUAUGGUCGCUAGUUGAACGAAUCUGUGGAUGUGUUCGACACCAACCUGACCUGUUAACAUCAGCAGAGUUUCUGGAGCUGGUUGGGUUUGCCAUAGCCAGUACAGCCAUGUUGAUGCCCAAUUGUUUGAGUGUUGUCUUGCUUGUUUUUGCAUUGUCCAUGUUAAUUGUUGAUCUGCGAAUGAAAUCUAUUUUGGCUGUUCUAAACUUGAUAGCUUUUGCAUUGAUUACAUCCCUGUUGUUUUUUCCAUCUUUGAAAAUUAGCACUAACCCAUUUGCCUUGGCUUGUUAUUUCAGUCGUCUGAUUUGUGUCCCACUGCUUGAUCUUUACUUCAGUGGCCUAUCUGUUACUGAACGGUGGAAGCCUUAUCUGUAUGGAAGGACUCUUUGCAGAAGAAUUUCUAUACUUCCUGUGGCAUCCACUGAGCUAAUAUUCUUUGUUCUUGCUGCAUUUAAACUGAAUAAUUUAGACCACUGGUAUUUUCUGAUACCAGGAUUUUCUAUUUUUGGAAUCUUUUGGUUGAUAUGUCAUGUAAUUUUCCUCAUAACAUUCUGGGGUUUUCACACCAAACUCAACGAUUGUCAAAAAAUCUAUUACACUCACCGAAUAGAUAAUAAGAGUCUGGACUGUGUUAUGGCAUCUAAAGGAAUGCGUCACUUUUGCUUGAUUUCUGAGCGGUUAGUCUUUUUCAGCUUGUUAUCCACAGCGGCUCUUGGUGGAGUCUCAUGGCAGCCAACAAAUGGAAUGUUCAUGAGUGUUUUCCUCAUUGUUUUGCCAUUGGAAUCUUUAGCUCAUGGACUUUUCCAUGAGUUGGGUAGUUGGUUAGGAGGAACAUGUAUUGGAUAUGCCAUUGUAAUUCCUACAAAUUACUGCAGCGCCAGUGGUCAGCCUACACUCCUCCCUCCUGAGCAUGUGCAGGAGUUGAAUUUACGGUCCACGGCCAUGUUAAGUUCUGUCCAACGAUUUUUUGCCUAUCACAUGAUCGAGACUUACGGCUGUGACUAUUCCACCAGUGGCUUUUCUUUCGAUACUCUGCAAUCCAAAGUAAAGGCAUUUCUUGAUCUGCGCACACAUGAUGGACCCAGACAUGACACCUACAUACUUUAUUAUAGUGGCCAUACUCACAGCUCUGGAGAAUGGGCAUUAUCAGGAGGAGAAACCUUGAGGCUGGAGACAUUAUUAGAGUGGUGGAAAGAGAAGAACGCUGACUUCAGCUCCCGUCUGAUAAUUGUUCUGGACUGUGAGAAUGCUCUUCCAUGGGUUAAAGAUGUGAGAAGAGUGGGUGAUAUUUUUGUUGCUGUGCAAGGUGCUAAACUGGCUAAAGAAGUGAAUAUUGAGGAGGCAGAUCUUCCCCAGUUAGGUGACUUUACGAAAGACUGGGUAGAAUAUAAUUGCAACCUUGACAACAGCAUUAGCUGGUCAGAUAAGGGAAGAACAGUGACUGCUAUUUAUGGUAUAUCCAAGUCCUGGAGUGACUACACCCUACAUUUACCAACAGGAAGCGAUGUUGCCAAACAUUGGAUGCUUUAUUUUCCUCGCAUCACCUAUCCUCUCAUUCACCUGGCGGACUGGUGCGGUGGCUUGAACCUCUUUUGGGUGUGUAAUGUGUGCUUUAGAUGUUUCAAACGGUUGAAGAUGAGAUGGUUCCCACCCACAGUUCUGGAUACGGGGCAGGGAUUUAAACUUGUGAAAUCAUGAGACAUUGUCUUCAUGUGGCAAAUACUAGGUCUUUGUUUUGCACUUACAGGCAUCUUUCCAAAGAUUUUAGUGUAAAGGUUUAUAAAAGUUAGGCUAUAAAUGCUGAAAAGCCACUGGUUUAUCCAAGCUUGCAUUUCUUAAAUUCAGAUUUCAGGUUCAUCAAGAGGAACACAUUUUUAUAUUUACAAUGCACUGAGUUCAGAUUCACUAACUUUUAAUGACAAUAAUGGACGUUGGUUUAAAAUGUCCAUCAUUACGUACAAGAAAAGCGCCGAGUUCUGAACAUGCCAAUCGUAGGUUCUUAAAAUACCACUUAUAUUCCUGACUAUAAACCAGCGUUUAAAUGCUUAUUCUGCAUAAUAUUCCUGAAAUGUUGUGGUCCUGUUUUAUAUUCUAUCUUGCUCUCAGUUACUUACUUUUGGAUAACAGAUGUAAUAAUAAUUUGAGGAAAGCAAUUGCAAUCAGCAGUAAUGUCAAUACAUAACUCCAACUAAUAUGUUACCAAACAUUGCAAACAAAAUUACUACAUAUUGUGCUCCUUUAGAGAAUCGAUUUUGUGUCUUUCUAUUUGAAUUCUAAAUGCAGCGUUCUUCAUUCACCACUGAUAUGAAUCGAUGCAAUAGUUGAGCGCCUUUAUCUUUUUUAAAUGUGACUGUUCAGUUUGAGGUCUAUUAUGCUCUGAUACGGUUUAACUAAUUUUAUAAUAUAACACAUUCGACUGGUCAUUAGAAUUCGGAUGUGUGUUGCAACCACACAUUGUUGGGACAACCUUCAUUGCAAAUGUAGUACCACAUCGAAGUUACUGAGUCCAAUAUCAAAACAUUAUCUUGUACUUGACCAUGCAUUAUAUAUGAAAGGAACGAGGCACCUGGUAUCUGAUCUUCUGUAUAUAUCAACUCCAUAAAUACAUUUUAUUUCUAAUACUUUUCUAAAAUCUUUUUUAAUUCAUCUUAUUUGCAUGUAAUUACCUAUGUAUUCAAAAGGAGAUUAUCUGAAUGGCUUAAUUGUAUCUUUAUUUUGCGAUCAAUUCAUUUGUCACAUAUUUAUUAUAUGCCUGGCACAAACAUUAAUGUUUGAGAAUUUAUUUUUGUUAUUUAAAUAGUUUGGUUACAGUGCUUUAAUUACAUACUUUUAAUUGCAUUAUUCUCAAAGUUCCCUAUCAAAUGAAAUAAUAAACCAUACUUAUUUCAACUGUA